GUUCGGGGGUUCCUGGUCGCAUACUUCCUGAAGUGUCCUGCCAAACACACUUAAGGCUCGCUGAUCCCCCUCCCGUAGCUCGUGACGGAUCUUCUUCACUGGAUCUUGAGAGACAAGUCACCGCCUCGGCAAGGUGACACGAAUCUGUCCCCUUCGGGAUCCCGCAUCUGAUCAGCGAACUAUACAACUUCCUUAUCUUUAUAUUAUUUUUUUUUAUACACGCGAGGAGGAAAAAAAAUAGGAGUUUGGUCGAAGUGUUGGAAAGCUUGAUUACUUCCAACCCUUUACUCUUUUCUAUGAUAUAUUGUGUCGAAGAUGACUAUGACUCUUGAUAAUCAAUCACGACUCGGGGCCCUCAACUUCGACCACAUGUCUUCCUACUCCAACCCUCCGCACUUCUCCAACCCGUGGGCCGCGGGCUCGUCAAACCAACAUGGCAGUCACAGCUUGUACUCACAAGGACUCAAUGCCAACUUGGGUGGCCUCGACUCUAUGGCUAAGCAGCAUGCCGCGCGGACAGGUCCCAGUAGCAGUGCCUCAAUGGCAUCGUAUGGGAGUAUCCCGGUGACGGCAUCUUCAGCAGGUAGCUCUCUCAUGGCGGACCUCUAUGGACAGCAGGACUUACUCAAUAUGCCGCAAGAUCUCUUAAAUUUGAACCGAAUGCAAACCACGUCAGCCGCUUACGGAGAGUCGGCGUACGCGACAGCGACGGCGGCUUCUCCAGUGAAUGCGACGUACUCGGCGUCGCCGAGUUCUUACGAUAGCGUGUCCGGGUACGCCCCGGCGCCCAUGCGCUCAACGUUCGCCCUCGCGCCAGACGCCGAUAAUCGAAGGUAUUCCCAAUCGUCAAUUUCUUCACUCCCAAUGGUCGAUCCCGGCUCAAGCGAUAUGUCCCGCUCUCACCGGAAUUCAUUGGUUGACAUGAAUCACAGAGGUCUUCAGAACGAUGAUCGGAGGAGUUUCGCAGAUGCUCUCGACGCUGGCCAAGGCAUGUUGGCCAUGAGCCAAGAGACGCCGCGAGCCAUAUACCCUCCCGGUAACCGUGGUAGGGGUUCCGCCGACUCUUACGGAUUUCCAUCGACGCAUUCGACAAGUUCCUCAAUUUCCUCGGCGAGUAAUUAUGGUAGUGGGUAUUAUGCAGGAUCAGUCGAUUCGUCGGUUAGUGAUUAUUCGACGGCAGGUUCUGACAUUGAGUCUGUUACCUCCCGAACGCUGCCUCGGCCGAAUCUAAUGACCCAACCCCCACCCGCGCCUCAGUCGAUGAUGGGGUCGUUUAGCUCGAAAGUAUCGUCGAGCACCCAAAAGAAGCACAAGUGUAAAGUCUGCGACAAAAGAUUUACUCGGCCGAGUUCUCUACAGACCCAUAUGUAUAGUCACACAGGCGAAAAGCCCUUCUGUUGUGAAGUGGAGGGAUGUGGAAGACACUUUUCAGUUGUAUCGAAUUUGCGGCGACACCGGAAGGUACAUAAAAACGACGCCAAGUCCGACGCUGGAUCCGAAGAUCACCACGAUGAUCACUCCGACUAAAGUAAAAAAAAAAGCAUUUAAGAAGUACACACUUCGAUGACAAAAAUAUGUUCGAUUGUGCGCAAGGUUACGAUUUAGAAUUGUUUUACGAUUGUCCUUGUUAUGCGGAUACCUCAUGUUGACUCACGUUUAAAUUGGUCUCAUGGUUUUAGAGGAGACCAAUUGCCAGCAUUUUUAUUAUUUUCCCGGCCUGAUGCUACCAAAAAAUUGGGUUGCAGGUUUUUUACGUCUCUUGUACGAAGGCAUCAUUAUCAUCGAAAUUCGUUUGCGCUGCUG